AUGGUACAGACACGGCUCAAGCGCAAGCCUUCCAGGCCUUCGGGCCCAUACCCGGUCAAGACGAAGCAACCUCGGACUUCACACCCGGUACCUGAAAACUCUGUACACGGACGUGUGCCUGUUUUAGAUGCAUCCGUUUUGAUUCUGGACGUGUCCGAAAAAGAUACGAACCACCCUAGUCUGGCUUUGGAUGUACUCAAUCGGAGAGAAAAUGUGCUAGGCGAAGGUGCGAAGCUCACUCAUGUAGAGAAAGAGGUACUAGGCGGAAAUGCUGACGUGGUUGAACUAGUAAAAAAAGUCGCCAAGAAAACGGUUCAGAAGCUUCCCGAAAUAUACGAGCAUAUUCUGAUCCCAGAAGUACCUCGCGCAGCCAUCGCGAUGGUCAGGGCUGUAGGCUUCCCUACUCAGCAGGGCUGGUGUUCAAUCAACGACCCGAAUGUGAUCACGUAUGCCGAGCCGCGGCCACACCCCGACGUCAUGAAAGAAAGUUUAGAGGAGUCAUCAGACGCUACCCGAGAAUCAGAUGAAAGUAUACAAUUUCCGGUUGAAGAUGAUAACUCGAACGUAGACCCUUUAGAACAAGUCGAGGGAACGGCAUCUCACAAUGAGAAAAACGAGUCCACCAAGAAUCAUAGUCCACACAUCCAUCGAAUGAAGCAAAGCCCACGAACCACAUCCGUUUUGAACCAUAGGGCUACUAAAAGAAAUGAAAUUAAAACACGGAGGAAAGAGGGCAAGGAAGUGGAAUUCCUGUGGGUUCCUCUGCAUAAAGACUCCGGAUCUCCCGUUCUCGGUAGACCCCAACCUCAGAAAUUGACAAUCCGCUGCCGCAACCAAGCUACGAAUAAGGAAACAGACUUCCACUUCACCAAGAUCAACAGAGACAGAAUCAAUUGGAAGAAUCCGAUCCACAUCAAGCAAAUCGCCCAGUGGCGCCGUCAAAUCUACCGUCGUCGUGGUCUUGCAAACCGCAAGGAGUGCGUAACCUUUCAACCAGAUGAAGAGGCAUUUCUGAUUCUGAUGCAUGAAAAGAUCAAGAUCGCUGCGACAGGCGAUAUCUCGAUUCAGUUUCCUCCAAUCAAGAUGGUAGCUGACGCUUUCAACAAGUUCUUUACCAGUAAGGUCAUCAAGAACAAAAAUGGUGUUAAUACCCCUCCUAGAAUAGCAAGGGAACACACGUCAAUUAGCGCAAAGAUAAAUCGUGGAAAUAAAGAGAUGCAACAGCUUCGUGCAGCUAUCAAGAACAUCUUGGAGGGAACUCUGGGAGAUUGCAUAUACGCACCGGUCAUUACUAUGGAAGAACUGCGACUGUACCGUGAAACGGGCCAGGUUGUUGCGGAUGACCCUGCCGAUCCGGAGAAGAAUUCUGCUUUGCUUCCUGACUCUGAGGAAGAAGAGAUCAUGGAGGGGGAUUAG